AUGACAGGGCUUGGUCUAGAGGUCAUAGAGGCACGAGAUAAUCUUACAGGAUACGCGCGUCAACGCUACGAAAACGCAGCAACUCAAGCUCAACGAGGUCUUAUUGAAUUCGCUCAAGAACAACGAGGUCUUGUUGAAUUCGCUCAAGAACUUGGCAAUGAUGACCUCCACGUUCGAAUGCCAGAUACUGUCAAGAGAUCCUCAUGGGGACGUCAGUUUAAAACUCACGAUAGGGUCAAUAAGCGGCUUAUGACGGGAGCUGAGGCAGCAGAACGUGACGCCAAUAAUAAAGAGCAGGCCGCUGCUCGAGAGGCACGCCAGGAGGCUAGUAUAGCUCUUGCAGCUUCAUUAUCAGGGCCAAUACCCCUCGCAGGGCCUUCUCCUCCUCCUCCUCCUCCUCCAUCUACAGCUCCUAUUGACGUGGAGAGCGUCCUUGAUACCCCCCCUUAUGGAUCUGCCGCUGGCGCCCUCACUAUCCUUGUCACCACCACCACCACCACAGUUGAUCGGUCCUUCCCAACUCCUGGGAAUGAAGAAGAAGAAGAAAAAGAGGAGGAAGAAGAAGAAGCUAUAGAUGAGGCUUUUAUACCCCCUCCUUCAACAGCCCCAGCAGCGAUGACGCAAUCAAGAGCUGGGCGUAAGAGAGCGCCUACAAUGAAGGCGUUAGAGGCCGAAAAGGCGCCAAAACGGGGUACAGGGCAGGGCAAGGCCAGAGGCAAGGCCAGAGGCAGGGGCGGAGCAAGCGGAGCGGCCCAGGGAUAG